UAUAUGCGCAUCCCUUAUCAUUUCGUCUGCUACUGCUAGUCAGCUAGUGCUAUUCCGUAUUGAUCUUGACGUUGAACAUAAGUUAUAAUAAGCUGAAAAGUAACAAUUGGAAAAUACUUCCAAUACCGGUAGAGGUUGAUGUAAUUAUUUCAUUCUCAUCAUGAGUGCAUGGCCAAAAGUGGUUUUAUUUGGUGAUUCGAUAACACAGCGCUCCUUUGAAGUUGGAGGAUGGGGUGCUUCAAUUGCUGAUCAAGUCCAGAGGAAAUGUGAUGUAGUGAACCGAGGGUUUUCAGGGUACAAUUCUCGUUGGGCUCACAUGAUAAUACAGGCUGCCUUACCUCCUGAACUUCUUAAAGAUACAGUUGCGAUGACCUUGUUUUUUGGUGCUAAUGAUUCUUGCUUGCAAGAGGUAUGGCCAUGUCAGUAUGUAGGUGUCCAGGAUUAUGCUGACAACAUGAAGUCAAUCGUUAACUAUCUUGAGAGCAACGGUGUCCGAAAGGAGAAGAUACUGCUGAUCACACCUCCUCCAAUAGAUGAAACAUUGUGGGGCGAAGCCUGUAAAGAAAAAGGUACAGCCUUGAAUAGGACACUUAAGAACUCAGGAAUUUAUGCCAAAGCUUGUGUAACUCUAGCUCAGGACUUAGGAGUUAAGGUCAUUGAUUUAUGGUCAGCUAUGCAGACAGAAGAGAACUGGGGACCACGAUUCCUUUCUGAUGGUCUUCAUCUCUCAUCUGAAGGAGCUGGUUUUCUUUACAAGCAGCUCUCUGGUUUUGUAGAAGAAUGUACAUCCUCCCUUCCUCAGCAGUUCCCUGACUGGAGUGAAAUAGACUAUGCCAAUCCAGAGAAGAGCUUCCAGCAGAGUUGAUGUUUUCCUUUCAGUGUUCCAACUCAGUGUAUGUCACUUAGUAACCAUCUAAGGAAAUCAUGGGUUGAGCCACAGGGUAUUAUCUGUUGUUUGGGAGCAGAGACAAUGCUUUAAUAUCCUCCCCACUUACAAUAGAUAAUCCCCUGAGGCCAUUCUCAUGACUGAAAUGCUUCUCAGGUACUGCAUACUUUUUUCUUUAUAAAUUAGUCAGAUAUACUACUCACACUUGAGAAAUUAGCCUUCCAGUUGUUAGUUUGUUCAUAUGCUUUUAAGUUACAGUUUACAGCUCAGAAUGAAUACUGCACGAUAUCAUGGUGCUGAUAUCCUGUUUCAGACAUGCAUAAACAAAGCUCAGCAUCAUUUCUGUGCAUAGUAUUUGGACAUGACGUGACAUGACCAAUCACUCACUUUUCAAAUAAACACAUGUUCAACCCCCCCAAAAAAAAAUAAUAAAUGAAUAAUAAAUAAAUAAAUAAAUAAUAAGAAUUGAUAAAUAAAACAAUAAAAAUGUCUGAAAUCAUGACAUGAUAAUUUCAUUAUGAUGGAAUGAACUGGUAUUAUGUGAUGUCAUAAUUGUUAUAUUUGAUAAAUGAGGAUGAUAUGAAUUUUUAUGCCUGCAAACCCUAGACCAAUCUUAAUUUUCACUUACUUUUGAAAAGUCAGGCAUUUGAAUAAAUCACCUGCCUCAGCAACAUUUUUGUUGCCCCACAUAAUGCACUUAACUUUCUACAUUAAAAUAUAUGCUGUGUUUUGUUAUAUUUUGCCAUAACUUGUCUGAACAAACUAUUUGUGAUGGAAGACUGAUGAUUAAGUGGUUUGUUUUUUGUUUGAUUUUUGCAGAACGUCGGCUUACGAUUAUCAGUCUCUCUGUGAUGAUAAACUUGUCAAGAAAUUUUGUAAUUUUUU